UUGGAACUUCCAGAAAAUCUAAGAAACAUCAUCAUCGACCACAACAGAUGCAGGAUGAGGACUUAGAUUCCAGUAUGGAUAUCUUUUAUCCCGAGGGGAAUGAACCCUUGGAUGUACUGGGAGAUUCAGAGCAACAUCCACAGAUCCCUCACAAGACUGAAUCCUUUUCACCCCAGUCCCAGCAUCCAGAACCCUCUGAAGAGCUAGAACAGCUUCCCUUUAAGGCCCUGGAAGCUGAAGUUUCAGCAAGCACACAACAGACCCCAGCUGCACUUCCAGGAUUUCCCGAGGAAUCGAAACCUUUAGUUCCAGACUCAGAUUUGCUGUCCAGUACCCCUGAAGAGGGUGAUACUGCUUCAGUCCUGCCAGAAAUCCUAGUUCAGCCUACAUUGGGUCCUGAGGAAAGGGGGUCUUCAGUACCUCAGGAGAUGGAAGCUCAGUCUUCAGAGUCAGGUCUGAAAGCGCAGUCUUUACUGCAUCAUCAGCCAAAUGAACUGUCUCCAGUCCAGAAAGAAGCCCAUCUUUCAAAUAUAUCUACUGUCAUCAUCAAACCUGCCUAUCUGCAGAUUACCGAAACUCCAAGAGUCAACAAGCAGGAUGAAAUUUCAACCCAGCCAGAAACCCUAAGUCUAAGUCACACAGGAGAGACCCGUGAAGAGAAUGAACACUCUCUAGCUCAAGAGGUGGCCCAGUCUCAGCCUCUAGAGAGCCCUAAGGGUGACUCUGCCAUACAGCAGGAGGCAGUGGCUCAAGCUCCAGAGAUCCUUGAGGUGACUGAAUCUUCAAUCCAGCAGGAAUCCCUAGCUCAGCCUCCUGAAUCUUCUAUGGAGUUGGAAGGUCAACCAUUUCUUCAUCCUGCGGAAAAUCUUCCAACUCCAAAUCAGAAUGGAACUUCACACUUAAACUUGCCCCGUGUCACUGCUCAGCAUUUGAGUGUGACAUUUUCCAUUUUUUCAGAGGUUGGUGAUGAGGUUGAAUCUUCUCCAGUGCCACAGGAGGCCCUGGAUCAACCGUCUGAGCCAUCUGAGGAAUCUGUCACUAAUCCACCUCUGCAUCCCGAAGAGUUUAUUACAUCUCCACGUCACAAUGAAUCCCCAAGCUUAAAUUUGACAUAUGUCAGUGCUAAACCUAUUGGUGUGACAUUUUCCAUAUCUACAGAGAUCAGUAAUGAGGAUGAACCUUCAGUCCAGCAGGAGAUGCAGGCUCAAUCUCCUGAGCCAUCUGAGGAAUCCGUCACUCACCCUUUCCCGCAUUCUGAAGAAAAUAUUCCAUCUCCAAGUCACAGUAAAGCUCCACACAUCAACUUGCCCAGUGUCACUUCUAAUCCUAAGGGUGUGACUAUUUCUGAAACUACAGAGGUCAUAAAUGAGGUCAAACCUUCAGUUCAGCAGGAGGCCCAGGCUCAACCUCCAUCCCAAGAGGUCCAGGCUUCAUUUCCAGGCCUCUCUGAGAACAUGGAAUUAUCUGGCUGGCAGAUUGUAUCAUCAACCAUUUCUGAAACACAGAAGUUCCAGAGUGAGAUGGUAGCUCUACAUUUGGGUCAGACUCUAACUCAGCUUUCGCCAGACAAGGAACCUGCUGAGAAAAUGGAAAUUUCUUCACCUGUGCAGGAGACCCUCACUCAGCUUUCAGAGUUACCAACAGAUAUCGUUUUGGCUCAGGCUUCAGAGCAUUUGGAAGGACCACUUUCAGCAUCAACUCGGCAUCCAUCAUCAGUCCGGGUCACGACUCUCACGGCAGAACCAAGUAGGGAGAGCAAAGCUUCUACGACCCUGAAGAAGACUACCGCUCCCACAGAGCACACUGUGACAAAACCAACAGGGAAUGUGCGGACUCAUUCAAUCGCCACUAAGAUUUCAGCUCUACCCAGUCUGGGGGUUUUGAAGACAGUACCUUCUCCAACCACACAAAAGACCACAGGUCAGACUUCUCAUCAAAAUCAACCUUCUACACACCAAUAUAUAACUGUAACUCCGGAACGCACUGUGAAGACUAAACCCUCGACAACCCUGACAAGUACCAGUGCUACAGAACACUCAGAUGUGACACCUAUCACACCAUCUCUGAGUCCUCAUUCAAACCUGAGUGAAGUCACGUAUCCACCUAUAAACAAGGACGUUCCUGUCACUGAAGGCAGUUCAGUUACAGCUCCAACCAUGCAAGAGACUGGAGUUCCGUUUUCAAAGGCCCCAAAGAAAGCUGAGGUAACAGUUUCAACAAGUACCACUCUGACAACCCCCACAGAGGGAUUGCUGUCAGAACAGGGUCAGCAUCAACACACAGAUCUGAGUGAACAGACAUCUGUAACUUUGGACGAAACGCCACAACCAGAAACAUCAAGGACAGCUUCCCUGACUCACUCUUCAGCCCUAUCUUCUGGACGAUCUACUUCCGAAAAGGCACAUGUAGAUUUCCCUGAGCAACUGCAACAGAAUGAACACAUGACCUUCAACAUAUGUGAGCUCUGUACCUGCACAGAGGAUACCCUCUCCUGCACCGGUCUCAGUCCAGAGAAGAGACUCCGUAGAGUGCCUGUGCCAGGGCCCAACAUCAACAGGACCUUCACUAUACUGAAUUUCCAAGGAAACUCUAUUUCUUCCAUUGAUGGAAAUACAUGGAAGGCAUACCCUUGGGUUGAGAAACUAAUCCUCAGUGACAAUUCUUUGACUGAAUUACAUAAGGAUUCAUUUGAAGGCCUGCUAUCCCUCAAGUACUUAGAUUUAUCCUGCAAUAAAAUACAGUUUAUUGAAAGGCGUACAUUUGAAGAACUACCAUAUCUGCAGUAUAUGAAUCUUAGUUGCAAUUUAAUCACCGAACUGAGCUUUGGAACGUUUCAGGCCUGGCAUGGAAUGCAGUUUUUACAUAAGAUAAUUCUCAGUCAUAAUCCUCUAACAACUAUUGAAGAUUCAUAUCUUUUUCAAUUACCAGCAUUAAAAUAUCUAGACAUGGGAGCAACACAAGUGUCGCUUGGACCAGUCCAAAACAUCCUCAUGAUGACUCUUGAAUUGGAAAAACUGAUCUUACCUAGGCAUCUCACCUGCUGCCUCUGCCAAUUUAAGAAUAAAAUAGACUCUGUCUGCAAAGUAGUCAAACUACAUUGUGAAUGUACCAGCAGCACACACUGUGAUGAGGAAUCCAUAAAUAAUAUAGAAGGGGAGUUCAUGGAGACUUUACAGGCCCGAAAAAAGAACACUAGCACCGAACUGACCAUAGAACCGGACAAGGCCUCAUCAGAGAGAGACAGAAUGUCCUUUUUCAUAAAUGAGCAGCUGGACUUCAAUGAUAACGAUAUGAUGAAUAAGCUAAAUUACAUAAUGCCUUUUUUCCAGGAAGGUAACAUAAAAGAUGUUGAAUCAACCUUGUUACCCUUCCUUAAGCUCCUUUUUAAAGAUGUAAAAGACAAAGCAAAUCCUGGGGUUCAUUUGAAGAACAGCACAAUUCCGAUGUCUCUACAGCUUGAAUCCAACAAUUCAACAUACAAUAAGUUGAAAAGUCUCCAUUUUCUGAAAAGCUUGAUAAAUGCAGCAACUCAAGCAAAAGUCCACAAAGCUAGGAAGAGAGAGAAAACUGCCACGCUGGUCCGUUCCAUACUUUUCGGGCCCAAAUUGAACCGUCAGAUCUUUCCGAAGAAAUUGAAAACUGUCUGGCCAAAGAGAAAACACUUAGGGAAGGUGGCAGAGAGGGAGAGGAAACCACUGCAGAUGAGCAGCGUGCUCAAGGACCCCGGGGGCCUCCAGAAAAAAGAGCUUCCCUUGACGGGGAGGCCCAGGAAAUUGGUGGAAAACUCCUUCAAUGAGGAGUCAAACUCCAUCCAGGAGCACAAGGCGGUGUUCUCCAUGCCCCUGGAAGAAUUCUCCAUGAGCAGGCCAUCUGCUGCCACUUCUAAAGUCCCACCCGAGAACCCCAAAGACCUAAGGGAUACUUUCCGCGUUUUAGAAGACGCAGAUGCCAGGGUUCGGAACAUGAAGUUUCCCAGCCCCGUGCUACACAAUAAAAUAAAUUAUAAUUUUCAGAAAUCUUAUUCUCACCUGGGAAGCAGAAGGGCUAAAGCCAGCGCGAAUAGGGACACGAAAGAAUCAGCACCCGAGAGGCCAGUGCGAGUCGCCAAGCGGCCUCCUUUCGCUGCGGUGAAGAGCCUCAUCAAGUCCCCGCCAAGAGAGGAGUCUCUGUCUUGGAGAGAUCAGGACAAACCUUUGCUCCAGUCCUUUCAACCUUCACACUCAUAUGCAGGAAAAAAGACUGCAGAAAGCACGCAUGCUGCAAAUGGGGCGAACACCAGAGGCAUCACGCUGCAAGAGAAAACUGUCGGUAGCAAAGGCACCUCCCAUGAGAAGGACGCCCCGAUGGUGGACAACCUCACGCCGACUGUCAAGCAGUCCAGCGAGAUGCAGUGGGAAUAUCACAACGUGGCCACGGACAUCGUCUCUGUUACACAAAAACCAGACCCAGGAGACAAGCUGGAGAUGGAAUACAUCCAGCAGCUGCGGUCCCUUAUCCCCAACAACAACGUGAGGAAGUUCAUUGCUCACUUGAUGCGGACUCUCAAAAUGGACUGCUCUAAGCCCCAGGUGCAGGUGGCGUGUGCCAAGAUCCUCUCUGAAACCGGCCUCCUGAUGAAGCUUCUCAGUGAGCAGGAGGAAGGAAAGGUUCCCAAGCCAGAAUGGGAUACGGACCAGUGGAAGACUGAGAACUACAUUAGUGAGAAUACCGAAGGCCAGAGUGAACAGAAACAGCCAGACGAAAGUGAGAUAUAUGGUCAGAGACGAAGAUCUAAAAAUGGAAGAUCCAGGGAGCUCAAGGAGGUCGUAGUAGCAAAAACAGAAUUGACUCCUGAGGAGAAAGCAGCCAAGACCAAGGCAGCCAAGAAGACCCAGGGAGCACAGGCACCUCAGCGCCCCCUACUUGGCACCCCGACACCACAGACUCCCCAGUCAAGUCUGUCCAUCAAGGCUCCACAGGCCCCCCAUGCACUCGAGUCCUUCAGAUCCCAGGAGAUCUCGUCAACACAGGAGAUCUCAACUCAGAUUGAGGAAGUACAGGACUCCUCAAAGGGAGCCACCGUGUCUGAAUGAACGGCUCCCGCCUCAGACCACCUGGAAAUUUGUCUUUCAUAGUGAAACAUUCCAUGCUCUUAUAAUAAAAUCACGAUGAGCCACA